CACAUCACGACAGACAGACUUGUACAAGGUAGGCUAGACUUUUUUGUUUCCUUGGCCGGCCGAGUAAUGCAUCCCUAGCGAAACAGGUGUCUGGAAGAGACAAGAGCGAAGAUCCAACCAAAGAACAAGAAAGUCCCCCUUCAGGAACGUCGCUCGCCAUAUAAGACGCCUUUGGGCGGGUAUCUAUCGAUGCAAUUCUUCAGCUAGUCAUGGCGGAGGAGCACGGAAACGCCAACACUUCCCAAGACCAAAACGGUGGAGCAAACGCGGCGCCGAAGAAGAUAACAUGGCCGGAGCUCGUGGGGUCGACCGCGGAGGGAGCCAAGCAGAAAGUCAAAGAGGAGUUCGGAGAUUCGAUUCGUGUCCAGGUCGUUCCACCAAACACCUUCGUCACCAUGGAUUUCGACCGGCAACGGGUCAGGUUGUACGUUGAUUCCUCUGGAAACGUGGCACGGACCCCCCGAGUCGGCUAACUUGAUCAAGCAUUUUUAGUUUUUCCUUUCAAUUAUGUCAUGUUAAGUUUGAGUUAGUGUGCUUUCCUUUGCUCUUUUUCUCGUUAAUGUUGCGAUACGAUCCAUUUAAAGAUAGGUCGUUGGUUCCGUAAAUAA